GUUACUUUCGCCAGCUUGUCAGUGGCCAGGCAGCCCGCCGGCGUGUUCCCAGAGGCGGCUGACAAGGAGAUUCCUGCUGAGCCCAAUGCCGGCGACAGCUCAUUUGCUUCGACGGCAAAGGAUGCCGAUGUGUCGCCAGUUCGAGCGAUUCCGAAGCCGGAGUCUUUGGCGGAGGAGCCAAAUCCGAUAUCUGCUCCUUCGCCGACCAAGAAGGCUGCGAAAUGCUUCGUGAAGAUGGACUUCUGCCGUGACUGGGAAGGCUUUGCCGGAACCUUGCGGUACAACCAGCACGUUCUCGCAGCGGCCGUAAAAUAUGGCUGUGCCUACGUUUGUUCCGAGCGGCCGAGCUGGAGAACUGCCUCGCACAACACGGGCGCGGUGGACGACUGGUUUGGCUGCCUGAAAGGCGGCGUAGCUGUCGGAGACCUGGCUGUCUCACCCAAAGCGGUGAAAGAGCUUCCCGUGAGGGUGGCAAGGUUUCAAAUCAACGACGCCUUCCGAACCAGAAAGAAGCGCACGGCGGGUAUCGACGAGCCGAUGCUUACCGGUGCCGCCAUCUCGGUUCGCCCGGAGCCCAACGAGCACGCCGUGUAUUCUCUGAAGUGUCCCAGAGACAGCCGCCUAGUGACGUUCGAGGCCACUUAUCCCUGGCUGCGCACGCAAUUUGCGGCCGGCCGGGCCGCUGGCAAGCGCAGCACCCCACUUUGGGGCGAGGCGAAGUGGCGGAUCGCAAUGCAGCUGAGGCGUGGCGAUCGUCCGAACAUGUGCCCAUUGGGUAUUUACCUCAAUGCUUUGCGUCACCUGGUUGGGGCCCUGCCCGGCGCGUUCACCUUGCAGAAUUCUCAGAUCAUCCUUGUGGGCGAGCUCCUGGAGUCCAGCCGCGAAUUUCGCACGCUGCGCCACUUGAACAUCCGAUUCCUCACGGGAAAGAAGACGAUGGACAAGCACGCGAAGAAUCGACUGGCGUGCUUGCCUCGGUCGGCAUCAAACACGUCUUCCUAG